AUGUACAAGCGGCAAAAAAAAUUAUACAGGUCCUCAAAAUUUAAAUUAUAUUGGAUAACGCGUUCCGAAGCAUCAACAUCUGAUAGAAGAUUCGAUGUUUACCAUACCUCAGUGAAAGAGACUGAAAAUAAUGUAUCUGUAUCUGAUGAAAUUGAAAUAGAGAUAGAAAAUGAAGUAAGGCAGAGUGAUAUUACACCGUCUGUUCGAAACAGAACAUAUACUUACAUUAAACAAAGUACUUUACAGUACCUAAGCAAAAAGAAUGAUCGAUACUAUGCAUUACAAUGUAAACAGUUGGCACUUCAAGAGAGGAAGCUGAACUUACAAGAAAAAAGGUUUGAAUUGGAAAGUUAAGAAAUGGAUGGAAUUGAG